ACUGUGUAUUAAUAAAGAAUGGGUUACAGAAUCAGAUGUAUGUUUGAGAAGAAAAAGUGUAAGCUAUGCAGAAAAUAAUCAGUAUAUAUAUUAUAUCCUUAGGUGCUAGCAAGAUAUAUUACAUAUCUCUUAGAGACUCAGCAAGGAGAAAAGAAUCUGGAAAGGACAAAGAUCAUGCGGACAGAAGUAGAAGGCAAAGCAGGAGACGCGAAAGAGCAGGCAGACUCAAGCAGUCGCUGAAGACAGCAAAAGACGACAAGCUGGAAGGACUGGAUAAGAAGAAACUUGCCAGUGUACUAAGCCCAGAGUACAUGUCGUCGGAGGAGUCGGACGUUGACAGUGAAGGUGUCUUUGUUUCUUUCAAAGUCAGGCGCCUCCCAUGGCAGACAGAGGCAUUCAAAAAAGUAAAAGACAAUUUAGAGGAGGCCCACAAAUCCAAACUCUCUCCUCAACAUCUUCGACAGGUAAAGAAGAGACGAGUGGUGGAAUUGCCCUCCAUGAGGCCUGCACCGCAAGGCUGCCCUGGCUUUAUUCUGAGGGAGGAGGAGGAACGUUAAAGGCCUUAUGACAGAAUUAUUAAUUCGAGUGUGCAAAUUAAUUGAAUUUUUUUUCAAAAGGUUAAAAUAAUUUUUUUUUUUGAUAGUCUAGCAUGCUUUUGGAGUAGAAAUCAAGAUUUCUUGAUGUACUCUCUUGUCAUAGUGCUACUCCAAAACAUGAAUAAUUCAACUUAUUUUUGUACUGUUAUUUAAUUGUUUUUUUAUCUAUUAUUAUUUUAUUAACAGUGUUUCACAAAAUAUCAAAGUUAAUCAUUGAACAUUUGUUAUUAUUUAAGGAAAUAAGUGAAAUAAAUACAUUUGCCCUGUUUAAAAUUUGGCAUGAUAAGAUGUGUUGUUUUUCGUCUUCAGUGUAGUGAUAGUUAUGUUUUUAUCUUAUUUAUUUCAAUAUUUAUUUAUUUAUUUAAACUUGUUGUACAGAUCAUACAAAUGAAAUUUAAAAAUUGAGUAUUGAUUUGUUCAUGAAAUAUUAUAUCAAAAACAUUGCACAGCUUAUAUAACUUAUG